AUGCGUUUCGCAACCGUCUCCGUUGCCCUCCUUGCUGGCCUCGUCGCCGCUGCUCCUCAGGUUCAGCCAAUUUCCCAGAUCCCCGACGGUCAAAUUCAGGCUCCUCCUGCUGCUCCCCCAGCUACGCCCCCGGCUGAACACUCUCCAACCGUCGUUCCGGGUCCAUCGGCUCCUCCAGCGGCUCCCUCAGCAUCUGCUCCUCCAGUGUCGCCUCCAGUAGUCCCUGCUCCCCCAGCAUCGCCUGCUCCUCCUGCUUCUGGUAAGCUUUGUUCAUCAAGCCUUCGAACCAUGCCCUGUGCUAACACAAAGACAGCUGGCCCAACUCCCCCUGCCACCCCAGUUGCCCCAGCUCCCACCCCAAUUGUGCCCAUCGUUCCUGGCGGCAACUCCACGGCCACCAUCAGCACCACCCGCGUCGGCCCUUCGUCUGCUGCCUCUUCGGGCGCUGCCUCGUCUGGUGCUGCCUCGUCUGGCUCUGCUGGAAGCGCAACCACCUCGCCUGGUCUCCCCGAGGCUACAGGCGCUGCUGCCGGCAAUGCCAUCUCGUUCGGUGGACUUGUCGUCGCCAUGGCUGCUGCCAUCUUCGCAUAA